CCAUAUAAAUUUAUACGUUUUUAAAUUGUUUUAUGUGAUCCACAAAAUUAAAUUUAAUAACAAAAUAGAGUAGGCGAUAAAAACAAGCAAAGUGCAGCAUAGAAAGGAGUAAGAACUAAGAACUCUUAAGCAAGGAAUUGAGUGGGGUUUAUUUAUUUGAAUUGAAUUUCAAUUGAGUUUCUGAAAAAAUUGUUAUUCUUAUGAUUCUGCAACAAAAAUAUUGAAGCUCUGUUUAGUGGGCGGUGUAACCCUAAUAUCUGAAGAGAAGAGAAGAGGAUGGAUUUUAAUUUGGCGGAACAAGAACAGCAGCUAGGUUUCCGAUAUGGAUAUGGAUGGUUCACUCUGUUUUCUCUCUUCUUCAUUUUUGUUUUCCACUACUCCUUCUCUAGUCGCCGGCGUAAUAGUAAGGAGACGCCGGUUCAGGAAUCUAGUCGUGCUGUUUCUGAAUCUGAUUCUUCUUCCGCAUCUCAAUUUGGAAUCUCAGACCUUGUUUCGGAUGCGGAUUUGGAGUUUUUGAUCAGAAAUUUGGGUGAUCGGAAGAAUCCCGAUGAGAAAUGGGAAAACGUCAUUCAUAAAACAAAUGACCAUCUCUCCUACUCUGCUUCUUGCCUUAAACCUAAGGAUGCUCCCAUUAAAUACUUGAGUACCACUGUUUUUGAGAAUUGCUCCCCUGAGUUGCUCAAGGAUUUCUACAUGGACUCUGAUUAUAGACUGCAGUGGGAUAAUACCUUGCUCCACCACCACCAACUCCAACUCCAUCCCUCUUCUGGAAUCGAAGUUGGCCGCACUAUCAAGAAAUUUCCUUUCCUAACUCCUCGCGAAUAUGUCCUUGCUUGGAGACUAUGGCAAACCAGUCAUCCUCAUACUUUCUACUGUUUUAUUAAGGAUUGCGAGCAUCCUUUAGCACCUCGUCAGAAAAAGUAUGUAAGAGUGGGCUCCUAUAGAUCUGGCUGGAGAAUCAGGAAAGUUCCUGGUAGAAAUGCCUGUGAGAUAACAAUGUAUCACCAAGAAGAUGCUGGUUUAAAUGUGGAGAUGGCAAAGUUGGCUUUUGCUAAAGGCAUCUGGAGUUAUAUAUGUAAGAUGGAUAAUGCACUUCGCAAAUACAUUGCAACAACUCGUCCUCAAGUGGGUCCUGCUUUAACUGCAGUGUCUCUAAUCCAGAAGGUUCCACUGGAAUUAGAACCGAAUGUUGUUGUAGAUAUUCCUACGACUUCUAUGGAUGAACCGCUUACUGAUAAAACCAAAGAGAAGAAACUCAGUAGAAGGCCAUCAAAGAAAGUGUUAGCAAAUGGUUUGCUCCUUCUUGGGGGACUCAUCUGCCUCUCACGUGGACACUCGAGUCUAGGUGCUAAAGUUGCUUUGGGAUACUUCUUGACAAAGCUGAGAAAACGUGAUGCUUCUCCAGGCCAAAGCCGAGAAGGGUGAGGUGUAAGAUCACAUUGCACCACCGCCGAAGAUUGAUACUCUGAUACAGUUUGACCUAUUUACAAAUGCUGCGCCCAGUUAUUAGUUUAUCUUGAAAUCCUACUAAACAGAAUUUUUUUCUUACUUGUAAGCAGUUGCAUAAGCUGUCUCGUAAUUGUACAGUUAAUACAGUAACUUGUGACCUACAAUAAGCUGUGUCUUGAUGAUUUUUCCAACUUGAAAUGGAUAUUGAUACCGUUUCAAAA